AUCUCGUGAUGUACAUUAACAUUCAGCAGAUUAAAUUAACCACCAACUACUAGUGGGAAUCAGGAACGCCUCUGCAUCAUGUGAUGAUAAACAUUGGCACAUUUUGUGUCAGAUUCACGGUGACAGAGCGAGCAUAAACACGGUUCAGUUUAGACUAAAAUGAAGUUGUUUAUGACAUGAACUAACGACCCGGUAACGAUGGACAGCGUACAAGAAGAGCCUAAUGUAACGUCAAAUGGAAACCCUAGUCAUAUUCAAGACAAACCCAAGUCUUACAUCAAGGAGAGGAUCAUAUCAAGCGUGGUUCUGAUGUUGUAUAUGUGUGCCAAUGUCUCCUCCGUCCCCGUGUUCACCCAGUACAUCCAUUCCCGCUAUGAGGACGUCUACAGUAACGGCACAAACUCCUCGUCAACAUCGCCAAAUAAACAAUCACCGUGUCUCGCUAAUAACAGCGAGGAAGCUGAUGAGGUGCAGGUGCUUGUUCAGCAGUCCACGUCUUUCGAGAUCUUGAAACUCAGUUUGUGUGUUCAGAUUCCCCCGGUCAUCGUCAACAUGGUCGUGGGGUCUUACUCGGACCACAUCGGCAGGAAGCUGUUGUUUGUUUCGCCGCUGCUAGGAUGUAUUUGUAAAUAUGUAGUUUUCAUACUGGUUGUCAAGUUCCAUCUUCAUCUCAACUUCCUCAUCCUCGGGACUCUUCUAGAGGGCUUUUCCGGUUCAUCGAGCACCUUCGUUCUUGCCAACAUGGCCUAUGCAGCCGACGUGACUAAGACCCACGCCACCAGAACAUUUGCGAUAGUAAUUGCCGAUAGUUCGGUGUCUAUCGCCAUAGCAUUAGGACAGGUUAUGACAGGAUUCCUUAUUGAGAAGCUUGGCUACUUCUACCCAUCAGUCAUUAAUACAGCUUUAAUCCUUCUUGCCACAACCAUCGUCAUAUUUUGCCUUACGGAAACAGUAAAGAAAACGGAGGUAAAGGAACUUUCGCCUGUAGUUCAUUUAAAGAAAGUGUUCGGAUUUUACGUCAACAAAAGCCGAGGCAAUAAGCGUUGCAUAUUUAUUGCCUGUUUGGCGGUUUAUGCUCUGAUGAGCGUUGGGUUUAAUGGUAAAUAUACGAUUGAGACAUUGUAUCAGCUGGGUCGACCCUUCUGUUGGAAUCCUGUAAAGAUAGGUUACUAUGGUGCCUAUUCCACAGUAUUCAUGACCAUUAGCGGACUCGUUGCCAUCAAGCUUGGGUCAGCGUGCGUGAGGGUGGAGAUUCUUGCUGUAACAGGGAUGUUCUUACUGAUGGGGUCUCUCAUUCUGGAAGGCCUGGCCAGCACAGACGCCAUGCUGUAUUCGGUGCCUUUAGUGGCGUCCAUAAGCGCCGUGUCGGUACCUGUGACCCGCUCCGUCUUAUCCCGCAUGGUGGCUGCUCAUGAACAAGGUGCAAUCUUCUCUAGCAUGGCUACCGUCGAUACCCUGUGUGGAGCUAUAGGGAGUACGGCCUUCACCUCUCUGUACAGCGCCACAGUAGAGACCAUGAGAGGGAUGGCGUUCCUUGUUAUCGCGGGCGUCGUGUUCAUGGCCGCCAUGGUGAAAAUCGUGGUAAUUGUGAAGUCCCCCAGGCAACCAGGCUAUGUCCUGCUUCAGUCGCCAACAGAAGAUGAGCACGCGCAUAAUCCUGACCGCAUACUUCCGGAAGGAGAAAACAAUACACCAUGCUCAAGCACGGAUAAAGGCCCUGUGAUUAUUUGAUAUUGGUUUCUUUUCACCUUGCCAUGGUAUGUGAUAUAAUCUGAGCUGCUGUAUUGACUGUAUCAUGGCGUAAACAAUGUGACAGCUGUAUCCGUGGAAUUUCCCGUCUAUCGGACAGACUGUGAGUGUGUCUGGGAAGUAUAGUUUUACGCCGCUUUUAGCAAUAUUCCAGCAAUAUCACGGCUUGUACCACCUGCAUAGGCGGAUACAAGGGGGUUGGGGGAUGUGCAAUGGUCCUCCCCUUUUUUAAAAAAAUAUUUUAUU